AUGCCUGCACCAGGACUUGACCAAGCUGCAGGAUGGGGUCUAGUCUCACUUGCAGGAUUCCUGUUCACAUAUUAUUCCAUAUGGGUAAUUGUGCUACCGUUUGUGGAACCUGAUCAAGUAAUUCAUCAUUUCUUUCUACCACGGAUUUAUGCCAUUGCUGGACCACUUCUUGCUGGAGUUACUGCACUUGCUUUGAUUAGCGUGUUUGUUCUUUACGUCACAUUUACACCCAAAAAGAGCAAGCAGAGUUGA